CAACAGCAGCCACAGCGGUCGCCGAUCACCACAACCACCACACCACACUGGUUCCUCUUUCCCGCGCUCCCUCGCGCGCGCGCACCCUCGCUCCCCCUGCCGUAUUCUCUUCCCUUCUCUUCUCCUGAGUGUUCCUUCCCCCGUCUGCUAAUACUGCUAUAGGAUUCUCUUCGCUCAGGUGUGUGUGACUGUGUCUGUGUGUGCCUCUUGCGCGGUGAAUUCGGCGGCCUGAACAGAAGGAGCGGAUUUCUCUUCUAUUCUUCUGUUCGAUCGUUCUUUUUAGGAGGAGGUGCGGAUAUUUCGCUUGUUCGCACGUGUGUGUUUGUGUCUCGGAAAUUAUACGAGAGAAACUUCCUUGUGGACGGCAUAUUAUCUGUCAGUGUUUUAGCAGAGGAUUAUAAGAAUAAGUUAGAGACUGAAACAGUGACGUUCAUAGACUUUGACUGUUGUUUAGUAGCAGUGAAAGUUAUUGACUGCUACUGUUGUCGAAGCAGUGAAGUCCAUAGACAUUCAUUGUUUGCUUAGUUAGACAGUGAAGAUCACAGACAUUUACUGUUGUUUAGUCGGUGAGGUCCAUAGACAUUUACUGUUUGAGCUACCGUUGGACAACCUUGUCCUAGCUGGAGCGCUCGCGGUCUGAGAAGGCCGCGGCUAGCAUGGCGGCUCAGGUACUUCCGGCCGCUGGCCCGACGGGCGGAAGUUUCUUAGACUCUCCUGUGUUCAACUCCAGGAGAACGAUGCCUCCUCCUAACGCUUUCAGCAGACGGCGGGAGAUAGGUGGUGGCGCCAACGACAGCCCGCCCCCUCCCAUCGCCGAUCUGCGGUUCGAUUCCUCGGAUUUAGACGCCAGUGGUUCCCCGCUGUGCACACCCAACACGUCGUUCAUCCAGGCGGAGACGCCAGACUCCGGGUUUUCAGGGCUUGUGUCCAGUACGCCCGCGCUGAAGACCCCCGAGUCGGACCAGUCCGCUUCUGCGUCGGUCACGCCCACUUCCGGCGGAAGUAGCAGUGGCAGCCGGAAGCGGAAGACGGUGAAUUUCGACGAAUCACAGACGUCCGUGGUGAUGAUCUCCCCUGACGAUCUUUUCAACACGUACUCCAAGUUACAAGGUCCAAG